CAGAGGUACUUAUUAUCGGAAAUGAUGCACAGAGAAAGUUAAUUCUGCCAUUUAUAGACUACUUGUCUCUCGAGGCUAAUGACCGCUUUAAGAAUUUAGGGAUCAUGUUUGACAGUGAUCUCAGUUUAAAAAUAAACAUAUUAGCAAUGUUUGUAAAACAGCAUAUUAUCAUCUUCGUAACAUCUCUAAAGUAUUGGAUAUUCUCUCCCCACAGAUAGUGAGAAGCUCAUACGUGCAUUUGUUACAUCUAGACUCGACUACUGCGACAGUGUUUUGGUUGGCUUACCAAAGAGCUCCAUUAAACAUCGAUUUCAGGCAUAAGGAAAACUUGGUUGGUCGUAUUAACGGACUCUGGUGUGAACAUAACUUGGUUGGUCGUGAUGUUGGUCUCAGACUGGAAUGUGGCGUUGAAGGUCACAUCAUCGAUCUCAGACAGGAACAUGUCUUGGGAGGGUCGUCUCUUCGACCUCUGACAGGAACUUGGCUUGAAAGGUCGUCUCUUCAACCUCGGACAGGAACUUGGCGUGUGAGGUCGUCUCUUCAACCUCAGAUGUGAACAUGGCUUGAAAGGUCACCUCGUUGACCUCUAGCAUGAACUUGAUUUUAUACUGGAGCUCUGGAGAUGAGACAACCUCGUGAGACUCAGGCUGAAACUCUAGGGAUGAGACCGCCUCGUGGGUCUCAAGCUGUAGCUCGAGCACUCAUUUGGAAUUCAAGAAAUAUGUCUUUUCACAGUCUUCAUGUUGUUUAUAUUAUCUUUGCAUGGCAAUAACUUAUUUUAAGGACAGUACAUUUUUCCAGUCAAUGAAACAGCUUGUGUGCAAAUACAUAAUAUUUUCUGGUAAUUAAUCUGUGCAUUAAUCAGCCAUUGAUCGCCAUUUACCAGCCACAAAUGCAGUGCCGUUCCUAGCCCAUUUAGUGCCCUAGGCGAGAUUAAUCGUCACUCCCCUCCCCCAAUUUUACUUCAUUAAUUAAAUCAACAAUUAACCUCGCACACCUGCAGGUGUUAGAUAGGUGCAUAGGAAAAAAGACUAUAAACCAAAUCAAAACCGAAAAAAAUCCUGCACAUGUAUCAAAAUAGCUUUAUUCACUUUAAUUUACUUCAAUAAUAAAAACAACAAAAUAAAUAAUAAUAAAGAAAUGGCCAUCGUGGAUACUAAUGACGUGUCGUGGGGCGGUCACCUAUGACGCCUAAUGGGUUGAAUGUAUAUGACCCUUCAUAAAUGGCAUAGCGUUAACCAGCGAUUACGUGGAGGGACGAGUGUGCUCCAGUGCCGGUUUGUGAAUGGUGGGCGGAGUCGGAGAAGGGUUUUGCUGGUAACAUGGCUAUCCUCAUUUGGAACUCAAGAACUAUUUGCCUUGGCACAGUCUUCAUACUGUUUACAUAUCUUUGCAUAGCAAUGAUUUAUUUGAAGAACAAUCAAUUUUUCAGUCUCAAAGUAGAUCCAGUACCAAGAGCUGCAAUACAGAAGCCUUCCACAUUUUCUGGGUCAGUUUGUCCAGCACCUCUAUCAGCCAACAGAAUAACACCUAUUAGAGGGACCAGGUACCUAAUGGUGUCUGCUUUCAUAAAUGAUGAGGCAAAUGGACAGGCAAACAUCAUUACUAUAAUGAAUAGAACCCAUCCAGAGCCGUUUAUCUGUAUAUUUUGUUGUUACCAGCAUGGUCUCAGUAUAUCUGUUGUUAAACUGGAUAAGCACGUUGAGCACUUCGGAUUCCCUUUUGUGACCACAGAUGCAUUUUGUAACAUAGAGCCAACAUGUAAUGCCACACAUGUGACCAUUUCAAGAACAGAGAACAUUCUAGAGAUUCAGAGUCACCUGUAUUUGCCUAUACACAAGUUCCUGACGCAUGGGAGAGAAUUUGACGUGGACUUCACACUAUGCAUUUCUUGCUUGUUUGGAGGGUAUAAUAAUGUCCUUCAGUUUGUGCAGACUAUAGAGACAUACAAACUGCUUAGUGUGGAUCACGUGGUUAUCUACAACACCAGCUGUGGCCCGGACCUUGAGAAGGUCUUGCGCAGCUAUGAAGAAGAUGGCAUCUUGGAAAUCAUUCCCUGGCCAAUCCAUCACUUCCUAGAGCCAUCCAAAGGCUGGAACUAUGAGCUGCACUCAGGGGAAGUUCACUACUAUGGGCAACAGGCCACAAUAAACGACUGUAUCCACAGGAACAGGCAGAGGUCCAAAUAUGUGAUUCUGACUGAUGCAGAUGAAAUCAUCAUGCCGUAUCAACACUCAUCCCUGCACCAACUCAUGGCAGAGCUUCAGCAAAAUAACCCUUAUGCAGUGGCCUUCAUCUUUUGGACCUAUGUCUUCUCCAAGGAAAUUAACAGAGGCAGCGAGAGAUUUAAUUUUCCUCUGUGGAGACAUGUGCCUGGCGUCAACAUCCUAAGACACAUUUACAAAGAGCCGGUAAAGUGGUUGGCCAUCUGCUGUAGCAAGAUGAUUGUUGACCCAAGGAAGGUGAUGCAGGCAUCUGUGCACACUGUCUAUAAAAUCAAUGGAAAGUCCAUCUAUGUGCCCAAUGAUUUGGCUAUUGUCAUGCACACUACUGAACCAAAGCGUCCUGAUUUGGGCAUUGAGAAACUAAUCAUGGACAAUAAGAUUUGGGAGUACGCAGAAAGGCUGAUACCAAAUGUAAAUAAGGUAUUGCACAAAUCUGGGAUUUUGAAGUGAAAAAAGAGCCAAUCAUGGAAAAAAAAAAACCCUGGCAAGUCAUUUAAAUCUUUGUACCUGCUGUUCUAUUAGUCAAUACAAAAAACAAAGAAACAAAAAAUUUGAACUCUGUAUGUUUCCUGUUACUGAUUCACGUGCACCACUGUUUUUGAUGAAAAUAUGAAACAGCUUGUGUGCAAAUACUUAUAUAUAUGUGUGUGUGUGUGUGUGUGUGUGUGUGUGUGUGUGUGUGUGUGUGUGUGUGUGUGUGUAUAUAUAUAUUAUAUAAAUAAAUUGUGUGUGUGUAAUUCAAAAUAUAUGGAUGACUAUUGCUAUUAAAAAAAAAAAGAUUUUGUAAGUGAAUUACACAUAAACUGAGACUCUGAUUUGGCUAGACCAUUCUAUGUUGAGUUAUAAAAUCAAAUGGAGUUAAAAUAUAUAGUAGACAGAAUGCAUACAUUUUCAUAUGACUGUAAUCGUUUGGGGACUUUUAAUGGAAUAAUCAAAAUAAUGGCAUCAACUGCUGUGAAACCAUGUAUGUUUAAAUACCACUUAGUCUUCAUGACCAGAGACAGUACUAUGGUUAUAGACUAAAUGUAUUGUAAAUGUCAAUGUAGUUCUUUUUCUUGUCAUAUAACAUGUGUUGACUUGUUUUCCAAUGUAACAAUUCAAUAAUAAUGUUAAGUUUUACCAAUGAAAUUAAGUUUAUGGACCAAAGUUUGUAAAUUAUUAUAAUGCUUUGUUUUCAAGCAACACCGAUCCACCCAAUGUUAGUAUAUAAAUUAAAGUGCAUAGUGCAUU